AUGUGCCUCGAUUGUCUGACCCACAAACGGCCGGCCGGUAAGAAACCGGGACUCCUCCACCCUAUCCCAGCGGGAAGACGACCAUUUGAAGUCGUUCAUGUUGAUCAUCUGGGACCCUUCGAAACCAGUUCAACGGGAAAUCGAUAUAUAUUAGUUUUGGUCGACAAUAUGACUAAGUAUACACAUCUGUAUGCGUGCCGAUCCACUGAUGCUGCUGGUGUUGUAAGACGUUUAAUUAAGUUUUGUGAUACACGUGGAGUGCCACGCCGUAUUGUCAGUGACCGGGGUACCUGUUUUACCAGUAGGUCGUUUGAAGAUUUCUGUCGACAACGAGGGAUCAGUCACACCCUCAAUUCCACUCGGCACCCACAGGCGAACGGGCAAGUGGAAAGGGCGAACAGAACGAUACUAUCACUCCUCAGCAUGAUGACCGACAACCAACAGCGUUGGGACAUCCAUCUGCCGGAAAUCGAACGGCACCUCAAUUCGGCGGUGAACAAGUCGAGUACUAAAUCACCUUUCGAAGUGCUACAUGGAUACAACCCACGGUAUCAUGGGGGCGUCUUAUACGAUCACAGCCGCACUCGCGAUGAUUGGACAGAUCCGCAUGAGCUUCAAGAUCGUGCAUGUUCCUCGAUCGCUCAAAGUCAGUCGCCUAUGAAGGUUUUGUACGAUCAGCGUCACCAUCGAGGUGUGAAAUAUGAUGUAGGGGAGGUCGUUGUGAUGAUGCGACAACCGCGGCCCGAUCAAAACUCCAAGUUGCAAGCAAAAUAUCGAGAACGACCCCUGCAGGUCAUGGAAGUGCUGCCGGGCGACACGUACAGAGUGGCGGAACUGGCCACCGAUGGUCGUGAGGUGUAUGCGACGACGGCUCACGUAUCGCAGCUAAGGUCCUGGAAAAUCCUUCGUGAGGUUGAAGAGGAUCCACCAGACAAUGUCCGACACGAGGUCGAGGUUGAAGAGGAUCCACCAGACAAUGUCCGACACGAGGUCGAGGAAACACGCUCCGUCGUAGCCGAUGCGGGGAUUGCCAGGCCCAGUCGAUCCAGGAGGCGUCCUGCCCACCUCGCGGACUAUGAGCUGGAUGAGGUAUAG